AUGUUGUCGAUAGGUUCUCGCGGUCGAUCUCCUCAACCCCACCCCCAGGCCGAGGCCCGUAAGCACAAGCUUAAGACCCUCGUGCCCCAGCCCCGCUCCUUCUUCAUGGACGUCAAGUGCCCCGGUUGCUUCACCAUCACCACCGUCUUCUCGCACGCCCAGACCGUCGUCAUCUGCGCCGGUUGCUCGACCGUCCUCUGCCAGCCCACGGGUGGCAAGGCCCGUCUGACCGAGGGCUGCUCUUUCCGCCGCAAGUAAACGAGAAACGAAUGAAAACUAUUUUUUCUUGUUAUGUUCCGGUUGAAACGUCAAAGAGAGAAUUAGCAUGGAGAAAUUAGGAUGAAAAUACCAAAACCCGGGGUUGACCUCUUACCUUUUUUUUGAUCGUCUCGGCUUCGGUUUUCGGUGUUUCGGGGAGAGAGUUGCUAUUCUGGCCCAGUUCCAUAUAUUGGGCUUUCUCUCUUUCUCUCUUCCUACCGGGCUUCAAAAUGUCACAUACCAAACAACCCUUUUUUUCAAUAUCACCCUUCCCCUACCGAACCACAUGGACAUUUU